AAGCUGUACAUGACGUAUUUAAAUACUUUUUGUAUGUGUCAAGAUCUGCGCUGCUUUGCAUUGCGUCAGCCUUAAGGUGUUAUUAUUAAUUAAAUACUAAUGGUUCCGAAGAUUACAACACUGUCGGAGGCUCUACCAGAGAGGUAGUUCAGACCUCAGUAUGAAACUUGGCUAAAGCUCGAGCUUAAGUCAUUUGUAUAUGUACUUGGAAGAAAUUCAUCUUCUGGUCAUGUUUGAAGAGUGGAACACGUCGUUUUGACGACGGCAAUAAGAGAGCAUAAAUGAUUGUCCAGGCAGACCAUCCCGGUCUUUUGUUGGAGUGAAAGCUCCUUGGCUUCCACACAAGUAUCUAUCAAAAUGCUUCAUUAUAUAAGGAUGUCAACCACCUAAAUUCAUGAGAUCCAUUUCUGCAAUUGGUGUGGAUGGUCUACCAUCUGAGGGAUCCCCUGUCUCUGUAUCUGCUCCUGAAAUGUCUCUGCUUCAUGCUUUGGACCCAGUGCAGACCUGGCUGGGGCAGGAGCUGGAGAAGUGUGGCAUUGAUGCCAUGAUUUACUCUCGCUACAUUCUCAGUCUUCUGCUACAAGACAGUUAUGACUAUGACUUACAAGAACAGGAAAAUGACAUUUUCUUGGGCUGGGAAAAGGGAGUUGGGAAGAGAUGGGGAAAAAGUAAGAAAAAAAGUUCAGAUCUAUCUCUUGAGGAAAUGAAGAAACAAGCUGCUGUCCAGUGUCUGCGUUCUGCCUCUGAUGAAAGCUCUGGAAUUGAAACUUUAGUGGAGGAGCUGUGUUCCAGACUGAAGGAUCUGCAAAAUACACAAGUAGAAGAAAAACUUAUCAGAAAAUCAGAAGGAUGCAGUCCUCCAGAAGUUGCAUCAUUUCCUGCAGCAAGAGAUCAAGUAGAAAUGUACUAUGAAGCAUUUCCACCACUCUCAGAGAAACCAGUCUGCCAGCAAGAAGCCAUGACUGUGUGGAAUAAGUCAAAAGUUUGCGCCUAUUCUAGUUCUUCAUCUUCAUCAGCUGCUCCACAAACUAGUACAGACACAUCCUCUCCAAAAGAUUGCAACAGUGAAAAUGAAGUUACUAGAGAGAGAGAAAAUGAAACUUCCUGUGCUGUAAGUGAAAGAGCACAGCAAGGAAGAAGUAAAAAGGAAAAGGAGAAUCUGUUUAAUAAUAACUUGGCUGAGGAUAAACAUGCAGGCAAAAAGCAGAUUCGACUCAAAUCAGAAGGAAAAAUGCGUCCUCGAUCCUGGUCUUCAGGUUCUAGUGAGGCUGGCUCAAGUUCAAGUGGAAAUCACCAUGAUUUAAAAACUCAAGUAAAAUGUAUAAAAAUAAGACACAAGGCUCGGGAUAUCAGAAGUAAAAGAAAUAAAAAUGGGCAAACAAAACUAUCUUUAAAAACUGAGAGAGAAGAAAAGAAAACUGUGUGUGGUAGCAGUAGUAGCAAUGGAUCUGUUAAACAACAGCUAUGCAAACGAGGGAAGCGGCCAUUAAAGGAAAUAAGAAGAAGAGACACAAGCAGCAGUGAAACUAAAGAUCUGUAUUUUGAGAGGAGAGAUAAAGAGUACAAAGAAGAACCAUUGUGGUAUACAGAGCCAAUCACAGAAUAUUUUGUUCCUCUAAGCAGAAGUAGCAAACUUGAGACAAAAUAUCGAAACAUUUUGGAUACGCAUGAUGUAUCAAGUACAUCAGAAGCUGUAGAGAAACUGUCUGAGUCAAUGUAUGGUCUUUGUAUUAGCAACAGUAAUACUCAAAAAACGUACCUCGCAGCAGGUACUUUCAUUGAUGGUCAUUAUGUAGAAAUGCCUGCAGUAAUAGAUGAGGUAAAUGACCUCAAUGGGACCUCAAAUAGUUCUCAGGUGGAGGACAGCAACAAUUUGGAUGUUGUGCAUCCAUCAGAACUGGCUCACUUCUAUGAAGUUGAUAUUUAUCAAUCCAUAUUGGAUUCUAGUGCCUCAGACAUGAUAGGAGGGGAAAGUCGGAUAUUGAAUAUGAUUCGACAGAAAAGUAAUGAAAAAAAUGAUUUUGAGGCAGACUGUUGUAUAGUAUUGGAUGGCAUGGCAUUGGAUGGGGAAAGUGCAAUAUGGACAGAUUCACCUGGCUGUGUUGGUGCCGAUGAGGUUUUCUUUAAAGAUCUUGCUAAUAUAGCUCAGUUUUGGGAGUGCUGUACACCUUCUAGUUCUUGUGAAGCAGAUGGAGAAAGUUUUGGAGGAGAUUCACCUGUUGGAUUUUCUCCUGUCCUGGAUAAUACAGUAUUUAAUGCAAGUACAUAUUCUGGCGCUCAGGACCUGUUUCCUGAAGUUAAUGAAGGGCCUAGUGUAAAUUCUUCAUUUUCAGUGUUUGAAGUGCAAUAUGAUAACUCUCUCUUGCCAUUUCCUUUUGAUGCUCUUAAUUUGGGGAAUGAGAAUAUAGAUUGUGGUAGCAGUGGUAACAUUCUUGGGAAAACACAGUCUCGUUUGCUGAUAUGGACCAAAAAUAGUGCCUUUGAUGAAAAUGAACACUGUUCAAAUCUUUCAACAAGGACUUGCAGUCCAUGGUCAUACUCUGAAGAAACCCGGUCAGAUAAUGAGACUGUAAACAUUCAGUCAGAAGAAUCGGUGCCAUUUAUUACCGAAGAAGUUCCAUGUAUGGUCCCUAGAAUUUCCUCCUGCUGUCUUGAAGGAGAACUCCUUGACUUAUUUCAUGAGGAAACUUGUCAGGAAACAAACAGAGCCACGAGUGAUGUUACAGGCCCUGGUGUUAAACGAAUGGCUAAAGAAGAUGCAAGAAUGCGAAAAUCUAAACUGGAAUCUGUCUGUGGAAUUCAGCUAGAGCAGAAAACUGGAGGCAAAGAAUAUGAGACUUAUGAGGCUGCAGAAAUAUUUGAUGAAUUAAACCAACAUGGUGAAAACUGUGGUUCAGAAGUUAAGAAUAUAUGGACAGUAGUGACCGAUAGUAACUGUGGAGCAGCGGUAAUGGAUCAAGAAAUAACUGAAGAUCAGAUGUUCACUUCAGAGGUUAACAGCUGUCAUUGUUGCUGUUUAGAUAUGGAAGCAAAUGUUGAGGUAAUACAAGAUCCACAAAAUAAAGCAGUUCAGAGGUCUGAAUAUCAUCUUUGGGAGGCUCAAAAAGAAAAUACAGAGGAGAGAGUUUUUAUUGCAAGUGAUCUGGCCAAGACUGAUGGUGGAGAUUACACUACACCUUUAAAACCAUGGGAUAUUAAUUCUGACAGAGAGAGUGCAUUUAUUCUGGGUGGAGUGUAUGGAGAACUGAAAACCUUUCAUAGUGAUGGAGAUUGGGCAGUAAUACCUCCUAGUCAGUGUAAAGGUAGUUUACUACAGUGUGCAGCUUCUGAUGUUGUAACUAUUGCUGGCACAGAUGUAUUUAUGACUCCAGGCAACAGCAUUGCCCCAGGCCAUCGACCUUUAUGGAGGCCAUUUGUUUCAUUUGAGCAUAGCGAGCAGGGAAAAAAUGGAGAGGAUGUAUUCACUAAAGGUUUUUCUUUAAUCUUCCAUGAAGACUUACUGGGGGCAUGCAGUAACUUUCAGAAUGAUGAGCCUGGUCUUGAGUAUUCAUUUUCUUCCUUUGAUAUGAAAAGUCCAUUCUCACAAGUUCUACAUGUGGAGUGUUCCUUUGAACGUGAUGGAAUAGCAUCUUUUAGUCCAAGUUUCAAACCUAAAUCUAUAUUAUGUUCCAGUUCUGAUGGGGAAGCUUUUCAUCAGAGAAUAUAUGGUGUGGAUAGAACACAGUAUAGAGCAAUUAGAAUAUCUCCUCGGACACAUUUUCGACCAAUUUCGGCAUCUGAACUGUCUCCCACUGGGGACAGUGAAUCUGAAUUUGAGUCUGAAAAGGAGGACACGACUAUUCAGGCAGUUUCGCAACCUGAUGUAUUUGAAGAUCCUCAGGCAGAUCUGAAACCUCUGGAAGAAGAUGCUGAAAGAGAGGGGCAUUACUAUGGAAAGUCAGAACUUGAAUCUGGGAAAUUUCUGCCAAGACUGGUAAAGUCUGGUAUGGAGAAGAGUGCCCAGACUUCUCUUGAUUCACAGGAAGGAUCUGUUGGCGUAGUGCUGAAUGAGCAGGAACAGCUGUGUCUGAAUUGCAGUGUAUUGGAAUCUGUAGAUAAAAAGGAUGUAAAAAAUCACAAGUCCAGUAGCAAACGAGUGGAAUCUUCUGAAAAAAUAAGAGUGCUGUGUGACUGUAAAACAUCUUGUCGUUUUUCUGGCUAUGAGGAGAAAUGUAUUACUGCACCACAGCUAAAAGAGGUUCAACAUUUUCCUUCAGUAAAUAUUCACGUACAAGAAAAAAGUACUAAUCUACAAGAAGAGUGCUGGUGGGAAAAAGCAGUAUAUUCACCAUUGUUCCCCAGAUCACAGUACACAGAAUGUUACACUAAUACCAGAGAGAAAUUUAGUGAAGAUAGUUGCCCGGACAUGAAAGAAAAUUCUCAUAAUGGAGAGCUUCUGCAACCAAAUAUGACUACAGCUACUCAUGAUGCGUACUGUAUGAGUGAAAGAAAUUCUGAAACAAGACCGAAUGAAUUCCAUAGUGUGAUUUUGUCCAGUGGCGGUUCUGUCUGUGAUGAAAUUACCGAAGGUGCAAAUGAAUGGGCUGAGCAUUUUUCACGCACGAAGCUAUAAUACUGAGCAGAAUUUUUUUUUUUUUUUUUUUUUUUUUUAAAUAAAUUAGAUUAAUAUCUUCAAGGCCUGUUACUCUAAACUACUUCUUUCCUGUCCAGUUAACUGAUUCAAAUAUGUAUUUAUCUUUCUCUUCUUGAUUCCAGUUAGGGACAAUCCAGUAAUAUGAAGCAAGCAUUUUUCAAGCAGUUUAUUGAUCCUUGGCUUUUUAAACUAGAAUAGGUUGUGUUGUCAGAUUAAGAAUGGUUGUGCAUGUGCCUGUCCUACUGUCUUCACUGCUUUUUGCAUCAUCGCUGCAUCACAGAUGUGCAGUGUGUACCAACCCAUCUUACAGUGCUGCAGUUCAUUAGUAACUUCUGCUGUUCAGAGAACCUUGGCUUUGGCACGUCUGAGCUUUAUAUUAAAAUAACUGGGAGGUAAAUACUUAACACUGUAGUCAUUCAGUGCCUUUCUGAAAGCAGGAGCAGAUCAUAAAUGAAAUAGUCCAGUUUUCAGUCCAAAAAAAUAAGUAAAAAAAAAAAAAAAAGUUUAAUUUUGACGUAGGGAUGUCAGGGGUGUGCAUUAGAGAUGAUUGACAGUACUGUGUUUUUGACCCAGUGGGUUUCUUUUUCCACUGAACCUAAAAAAAAUUAGCAAGGUUUAUGAUAUUUUUACGGAUUAUAAAGGUCCGGGGUUUAUACACAUUUGACUGAGUAAGAGUGUUAGGAAAUUCAUACUUCAUGGUGUAGUGAAGGAUUGUUUGUGGUCGUUCUUGCCUGCAGCUUAGAAAGUUGUGAAUUUCACCCUGCAUAGCUAGCACACUUUGAGUUUAUUCAUUUUGUUUUGUGUAUAAAAAAAAAAAAGUUUCACUUAGAAAUCCUGUUGCGGUUGGCUACUGUUAUACCUGCGAUUUUAGUGGUAGAUAUUGUAUAUUUACAGAGGGGUGUAAGGAACUGUUGCAUCUGUUGAAUUAAUGAGGGUCAGCAUGUGCAGCUGCUAUGUAGUGAUUGCAUUAAGAGGUUAUUAAGCAAAAGGCAACCCCCACAUAGUGUAUUGAUAUGUGGGGGCGGUGUGUGUGUGGGGGUAUAUAUUGUAUACAUAUGUAUCUGUUCACGCACAUGGGUAUUAGAUGCACGUACAUGCAUACAUAAAUAGCAACUGUGUAAAGCUGGGUCAUUUCCUUUUACAAACGCAGUAUGCAGAUAUAAAAAUCAAGCAGAGGUAGUGUUUGUAAAGCAAACCUAGUCAGUAAUGUAAUGAUUUUUUUGUGUAAAAAUUAAUUUGUACAGUAAGUACUAUGUGAAAAAAGAGUGCAUCAGUCCUCUAAGGGCUUAAAAUGUUUUAACAGUCAUAUUUGAAAGCCAAAAAACAGUUCCUGUGACUAAAGUUAUAGUUCAGAAAUGGAAACUGAGCUGAACUUUGAAAUAUGUUCAUGAUUUUGGAAAUUCUACAAGAUGGCUUGUAUUAUAUGAGAUCACAUCAAAGUGCAGGUUAUAAAAAUUAAAGCUUUGUUGGCAUACAAAUAUGCUUAUCCAUACUGAAAAUAAGGUGGUUCCAUGCAGUAAGUGGCAUGAACAGUGUAUCAUGCAGCUAUGUUAAGAUUAUUUCCAUAGCCUACAGUGUCAGUCCUGUAUUAAUGGAUGUUAACUUGACAAACUGCAUCAUUCAGGUGGGUUAUUAAUCCAUAUCUGUUUUUUGCUGUUAAAGGUGAACAUGAAACAUUAUCCUAGUUGUAUAGGUGUUGCUCUUUUCUGCAUUGUUGCGUGUUAAUAUUUCAGUCAUUGUUAAUGGAGAGAUGAUGUUGGCCAAGACAGAAUGUGUAUAAAUUACAUUUUCUGCGAUGCAAUGAGGUUUAAAUAUUUCCUGCAUUUCUAAUGCAUGUACCUGUAAAACUGAAUAAACUGGAUGAAAUGUUAUGCAAAAUUUAGAUCACCAUUAGUCUGUCAGUGAGACUUUGAGAGAUGGCAUAUGUAGCAAGGUUUGAAGUACAACUUCUUUCUAAGAUAAGAGUAGUGGGGCUAGUACAUGAAAGAAUAUACCAUCUUUCCCAGGCUACCCAGUGAAUAGUUGGCUAUAAGCAGUAAGUUAAAAAGGCCUUAGGGAAAGACAGUUGAUUUGAUCUUUCUUAAUAUCAGCAGAAUCUAUAUUCUAGUAAAAUGUGGUUCUGUAACCUGUAUUUAUUUUAUUUAUUUACAGUUCUUGGCACUUAGGUUAUCAAAUCUUGUUCUGCUAACAGAUAGCUGGUCUUUAACAAAAUCAUUUUAGAAUGUGCCCAGAAUACAGCGAGACACAUGUAUAUUCUUGUAUAUAAUUUUAACUACGAUAGGUAAUGUAAAAUACUGUAAUUUAAAUAUCUUGGUGGGCAUAUUUCAGAUGCAUCCUUCAGCUCAUUUUACAUAGAGCUGUCAUUUAAAAGAAAGGGCUCGGUGGUUAUAGAGGUGCUGUUUCCAUGCAGCUUAAACUGUGAUGACACAACAACAUACCAGCGCCUUUGGAGAAACAUAAGAUAAAUAUAACUGAGCUUUGGCAAUAACAAAAUUAUGUCUUCACUUCUUUCUGUAAGUGACUGAAGCUUGCACAGUUUCAGUAGAGGGACACGAGUGUAUUUUUAUGGUUAUUUUUUUUUCUUUGUGGGUGAUUAAAUAGGAAAACUGAGAUGAAAUGCUGGAAAAGGUUUGGUAUCUGUUACAGAACUGGCAAAAUGCUGAAAUGCACUGUUUGUGAAGCGCAUUAUUAAUCAGUAGCACUGAAAUUUCAGUUUUCAUUCCUGGGCUGUAACUUCUUUUCUACUUUCUGCUUCAAGUGGUUGUAUUGUUCAGAUUUCAUGUACACCUGAGUAACUGAUUAUGUUUCAUUGUGGAGUUAACACCAAAUAAAACUCAGAAGGAAAAUA